CUCUUCUCCAGCACAGUCGCGACAUCUCCAGCAAGAAACAAAGAUGACAACUGAGAUAACAGAUGUUGAGGAUGCAGGAACAUGGAGAGGUAAUAUAGAGAAAAUCUUUAUUGACAUCAUGGUAAAUGAAGUUAAUAAAGGUAACAUGGAUAGUGGUACAUUUAGUACCAACACAUGGAGAAGGAUCUUACUUGAGGUUAAUAGUCAAGGGAAAAGAAAUUUCAACUUGAAGCAGCUUAAACAAAAGUUUAAUAGACUACGUGCAAUGCACCGUGAGUUCUCUGAUCUUUUAAAGCAUACUGGAUUUGGUUGGGAUGCUGAAACUAACACAGUGCAUGCUCUAGAGGAAACCUGGCAAAAUUACAUUCGGGCACACCCAAAUGCAAAAAGAUUCCGCUCAAAGGGAUGCCCAAACUACAACUUGUUGGGAUUGAUCUUUAAUCCAUCAACAGCAACCGGUGCCCUCUACUACUCUUCCACCCAAGAUCCACCAAACACUGAUGAUGAAGAUGAGAUGGAUGACAAUUUGGAACAUGGUGGAGUGCAUGUGGAUGUAGAUACUGAGAUCCCUGAUGAUCCUCCACAACCAGAAAUGGCAGGAGGAGUGACCACCCGUUCUGGAAAGCGUGUAACUGAUUCUCUAUUAGAGCGUAAAGGUAAGAAAGAAUCCAGAUUAAGUCAAAUGGGAGAUGCUUUGAAAGCUUGGGUUGAGGCAUCAAAGGCUAGAACAGAAACAUCUCGAGCUAGAACUGAGGCAUUAUUGGCUAGAGUGGACAGAUAUAAGAGUGGAACUAGUAGUGAAGCUACUAGUGGAGGUACCACUGAUUUUAGCAUAACAAGGUGCAUGGCAGCCUUACAAACCAUUGAACUGUUAGAUAAUGACAAAUAUUUAAAAGCUGUUGAGAAAUUCACAGUGCCGGAGUGGAGAGAGAUAUUUAUGAAUAUGCCUGAUGAGAGGAAGAUGGCAUGGCUUGAUAGACUUUAA